GAAGCAGACAUCUUAUCCAGACCCUCUCUGCUCUUCUGGGACGUGUGAUCACCUUCUUUCUCCUCCAUUCCACAAGCCAGCAAGCGAGCCAGCCAUGGCCAAGGUAGCUCCCAGCUCCUUCCUCGCCGGCGUCGGCGGCGGCGCCCUGCCGUUGAGAAACGGCACCGCUUUGUUCCGCAGCCGCGGCGCCAUCACCGUCAGGCGGCCCAGGAUUUCAGCCAACCUCGGUGGAGAUGGAGAGGUUAAGCCUGCAGAAAAGAAGAAGUUCAUCACCAGAGAAGAGGAGCCAGAGCAGUACUGGCAGACGGCAGGGGAGAGGAAGGGUGAGAACCCAAUGAAGACUCCGCUGCCCUACAUCAUCAUCUUCGGCAUGUCGACGCCCUUCGUCAUCCUCGCCAUCGCCUUCGCCAAUGGCUGGAUCAAGGUCCCCGUCCGGUGAGCUCCUUGCCGCACUCGUCCAUCUCGAUCUUGCAUCAUCAGAUUCAGCAAAAAUCUUGGAGGUUGCUGCCAAGAACUGCGACGCUGGACUCCUUCCUGCGAGAGCCAUAAGAGUUAGUACUUUCAUAGAGAUUCCUGAGCAUACCAGCAGUAUGUCAUGUAUGCGAUCAAGAAAUACUGUUUUUUUUCCAGUACUGUAAAUCUGUAAAGUAAUUACAGUUCAGAUUAACAUCCUUCCUACUUAUGAUCCAA